ACUGUCAAAAAAACAUGCAAUUUAGGUGUCGUUAACCUAUUUCACUAAUAUGGCCUUUUAAUCCGUUUUUAAAGACAUUACACCCUAAAAAUGAUGCAAUUUAUGCUGUUAUUUAGUAGACAAGGCAAGUUGCGGCUACAGAAAUGGUACGUGGCUCAUGCGGAUAAACUAAAAAAGAAGAUUACUAGGGAGUUAAUAACGACGAUUUUGGCUAGAAAACCGAAAAUGUGCAGCUUUUUGGAAUGGAGAGAUUUAAAAAUCGUUUAUAAACGUUAUGCCAGUUUGUAUUUUUGCUGUGCCAUCGAACAAGAUGAUAACGAGUUGCUUACAUUGGAGGUUAUCCAUCGUUACGUUGAGCUGUUGGAUAAAUACUUUGGGAGCGUUUGUGAGUUAGAUAUAAUAUUUAAUUUUGAAAAGGCUUACUUUAUUCUCGAUGAGUUGCUGUUGGGCGGUGAAGUUCAGGAGACAAGUAAAAAGAAUGUUUUGAAGGCAAUCGCUGCACAGGAUUUACUUCAAGAGGACGAGGCCGUAGAAGGAGCGUUAAGGGACGUGGGACUAUUUUAAUUCUUAACAUAAUUUAAAUCUAACUUUUUGUUUGUUCUAACAUAUUUUUGUUAAACAUAAUCGUAAGACUAACAUAAUCUAAAAAGUAGUAUUUUAUAAAAAGAAUUAACUCUUAGUGCACAUUAUUUUUUGUGGAUCUUUUGUAAUAUUUAUAGAUGAUGAUGUAUUUAAAAAAUUACAUAUCACAAAUUACAAGUUGUGAGAUUGUUUGGGGUUAAGGUCUUUUAGCAAUAGCGGGGUAAUUAGUUAAGGGUAAAAAUGGUGCAUAGCUUAAUUUUUUGUGCCAAAGAAAGUAUUUUUAAUAAGUGUUUUUGUACGUAUGUAGUUUUCUCUUAAACUAACCUUUUGAUGUGUCAAUAAAUUUAAUAUUGUACUUAAAAUUA